AAGCCACUUUACACCCUCAACCUCGGCCUGCCUUGCCCAGACACCGCCCCCCCCCCCUCCCCGUUCCGGCGUCUGUCCAUCCAUUCACUGCCCACAGCAGGCCACCUUGUCAAUCGAGGCAGCAACAACAAUAACGACACCUCCUCCUGCUGCCAUUCAAGCAAUUUUCGCCGCUCUGCAGGACAUCUACAUCCGAGACUUGUAGCAUAGCAGCACACUCCUCAGAGCGAGCGCCGUACAACGAGAGCCAAUCUUUCUUCGCUGCUUUGCGAGCCAGAGCCUCGGCGCUCUUGCCCUUCCUUGUAGUGAGAUAGCGCUCUUUACUGCCCAUCCAGGGCCACCUCAAUACCACUUCCCUGUGCAGGCCAUGCGGCCUCCCACUGGCUCAGGCCGCAAGCUUUCGGCUCGCCACGUUCUUUCUCUCCUCGGGCUUCUCAUUCUCUCUGCAACAACAGUGUUAGCCUCCUCUUCACGGCCCAAUCCCCUAAAGCGCAUCAGCUACGCCACCGAUGCAUGGAUUGAUGUAGUUUCAAAGCGGAUACCCUCUGCUGAGGAUAGCUCGCAGCUCCAAUGGCCCUCACCACAAGAGGCAAUCUCACCGGCCUCUCGGAGACGCUCCCCUACUUCUCAGCCACCGCAAGUGCGAUCCUCCGACUCGAUCAGACUGAGCGUCCGGAGCUUUGACCAGACCUUCUUUCUCCAUCUGGAGCCCAAUGAUAACAUCGUCCCGCCCGAGGGGGCCAAGCUGAAGGUGUGGCGAUUCGAUGAAGCUACUGGAGAGGAUGUUAUGGUGAGGGAGGAGACACUACGCAGGCAAGACGUCAGGGCUUACCACGGUGUAGUAGUCCACGAGAGCAUCACAACGCAAAGAAUGCGCGAGGAUGAGCUGGGAGUGAGCAGGACUCGUAUGGGAGUAGACGACGUCGGCGUCAUGGGCCCUGCCGCCAUCCUACUUCACGAUGAUGGCGCCGUUUCAGGAGUUCCCCGCUUCGAGGGCACAUUUGAGUGGAACGGCAACAUCCACACGAUCCAGUCUGCACAGGGCUACAACAAAGCUCGACAGGCUCUCGAUCCUCGCCCACACAAGCGUAGCUUGGACGAGGACCACCUCAUCAUGCAUCGAAGCUCAGACUUCAUGACUGAACGUGACAUGAUGGACUUGGGUCUGCAACCGCGGGCUGAGGAGUCUACUACCGGCGGUUGCUCCUUCAGCGGGCACGACUACAACGCUAACAAUCCCUUGAUCCUCUCCGAAUUCAACAACUUCAACACUAGUCGGUCGCCGAUGGACUUCUUCGUCAAGAGGCCCACCGAGUCACCAUCGCUCCACUCUAUGAUGAGGAGGGGAUUGUCGUGGUGGGACGCCAGCUCCGAAGAUCUCUUUGACCGAAGGGAAUUCGACUUUCCCUCCGAUCUUGGGUCUCGCUCUUCGCCCUUUUCGUACGAAGUAGAACACGAGAAGCUCCUGGCUAAGAGACAAAGUGACGGUCGUGGCUCCGGCGGCAACACCAGCUACGUCAGCACCAUUGGUGACACCAGCGGUUGCCCCAAUUCUGCCAUGGUUGUAUACGUAGGAGUAGCAGCCGACUGCACCUUCACCGCCGACCAUAACGGAAACGCGUCUGCCACCAGCUCUGCUGUCCUCAACAUUAUGAACUCGGUCAGCAUCAUCUACCGCAACACCUUCAAUGUCUCUCUCGGAGUCGUUGAGCUCGAUGUUCGCGAUUCUACCUGCUCGACCAACAAUGGUGACACAACGUGGAAUCAGGAAUGUGAUGCUCUCACCCUCGACGAUAGACUUAGCGCCUUUUCCGGAUGGAGAGGUAGCCAACCACCAAAUGGCAUCGGAGUGUGGACUCUUCUCACGUCUUGCAAUUCGGGAGCUGAAGUGGGUGUAGCCUGGCUAGGCACCCUUUGUAUGGUUGACGCUUCCUCAUCUGGGGGAGACACCGUCUCAGGUGCAGCUGUCAGUGCUUCGAGUGUGCGAAUCUCUCAAGUCGUAGCGCAUGAGAUUGGUCAUGUCUUUGGUGCGGUGCAUGACUGCACCACUGGCUGCUCCAUCAGUGGCAACCUAGCUGUGCAGGGAGGAUCUUCAACCUGUUGUCCUCAGAGUAGCAACAGCUGCAGCGAUGGCGGUGCCCACAUCAUGUCCCCCGUCGCCUCCCAGUCCACUACAACCUUCUCGCCCUGCUCCAUCGGCAACGUCUGCAGUUUGUUGAGCGGUGGGCUCAACACCUCCUGCAUCGAGACGCAAGGUCAACGAGAGACCGUCUCUGCUCAGCAGUGCGGUAAUGGAAUCCUAGAAACUGCGGCUGGAGAAGAGUGCGAUGCUGGACCCAACGGCUCUGCCUGCUGCACUACCGACUGCAAGCUGGUCAGUGGAGCAGUGUGCGAUCCUUCUUCCAGCGUAUGCUGUGAAGACACUUGUCAAUUCGCCUCGAAUUCGACCGUCUGCCGACCCUCCAAGGACGGUUCAGACUGUGACACGGUAGAGUACUGCUCUGGUACUUCAGAUGAAUGUCCAGCCGAUACCUACCGCGACAACGGCAGCGGGUGCGGGGACGGUCUCUCUUGCGCCAAUGGCCGCUGCACAUCUCGUGAUCAGCAAUGCCAGGCUCAGACGGGCGGUUCCGUCUCCUAUACCCGCGCCUGCGAUGCAGGUGGGGACAAUUCGUGCGCGCUGAGCUGUCAAGAUCCCUCUAGCUCCCUCGUCUGCACCAUCUUCCAAACCAAUUUCGUCGAUGGAACCAAGUGUGGAUCGGGUGGAUACUGUCAGUCUGGAUCGUGCGAGUACGGUAGUGGAUCCAAUGCCUUUACCAGGUGGUACAGGAACAACCUGCGGAUAGCCAUCCCAGUCACCAUUGUCAUCGGCAUCCUCGUACUGCUGAUCCUAGCCGCUCUAGUCAGACGAUGCUGCUGUCCGACUAUCGACUCCAGACGUAAAGGAAGGCGCACCAUGGGGGGUGGAUUGGUGGGAAAUAGACGAGACAACGUCGGCAGACAACAGAGACCCUUUGGCCCUCCUCCUAUGAGGCAGAUGCCCCCUGGCCACGGACAGGGACAGGGACAGGGACAGGGAGGUCCGCCGUCUGUCCCGCCAAGGGCUUAUAGCCAGGCACCCUACGAGAGCUAUCAAGCCCCGUCGCAGGGGGCACCUCCCUCCUACGCAGGAGGAGGUGGAGGGUGGGUAGAUCCGACGGCUUGGAAUGGUCCGAAUGGCCGGCGGUAGAGCGACAGUGCUGAGGGGACUGUUCAGACGGACAGACAGAAACAGAGACUUUGCAUUUUCAUCAACUCUUCGCGGAAGCCUUUCUCACUCCCUCACUUCCCUCCACUCCCUGUCUCUCUCCAGCCCCAGGCCAGACUCACGCAUGUCCUGCCUCACAGCGCAUCGCUUGGAUUCUGCAGCUUCCCCGCCGGCCUUUCUCCUCUUCCCUUUUUCCAUUGCUCCAUCUCAAAGCGGGGACACUGUACUCUUCCAUUCACGCUACAUGCUACGCACUCCUCUUCACGCCACGCAUGCUACGCACUCUCUCUCUCUCUCAGUCCCGUCUCGUCCCGUC